GAAUAUCAUUCAAAUUUGUGCCAGUACCCAAUAACUGGCAUACAUUUUUAGUGUAUUAAAGUUACAAGCAAACAAAUUCCAAAAAAUUAGUAUUAUGUCGCAAUUUUGGAAGCGCAUUGUGCGUCCGGGCGUGGGAUCAACGUCUUUGGUACCCAAGCGUGGCAUUGUUUUUGGCGCAAAAACCGACCAGGGUCAGGGCCAGGGCCAGGCCAAGGGAUCGGACAUAUGGAAGCGUUUGACCUUCCUAGUGGCUGCACCAGCCAUAUGCCUUUGCAUGGUGAACGUGUUCGCCUUCCGCAACGGGGAACAGAAGCGUCAGCCCUUCGUCAAGUACGAGCAUUUGCGGCGCCGCACCAAGCGCUUUCCAUGGGGCGAUGGCGAGAAGAGCUUCUUCCACAACCGGGAGACUAAUGCGUUGCCAGAUGGCUAUGAGAAUUAGACUAGUACAUUGUUUAUAGCCGCUUGCUGCUCCAUUUGCUGCUGGAGGAUAUAUAUUUUCUGUUUUUCUUUUACAGUUGCUGCUGAACUGGACUUACAACUAAUACCUAAUACCUACCAAGUGUUACGGAAAACACGUAAGAGCGGAACACAAAGUACAAGCCCUCUAGGGGUGACACAAUAGACCUGCAUAAGAUUUACUCAGUGCUGAUGCUGGGUGGAUAGAUAAUACACUUACAUAGCUUUCGGAAAAUACUAAGCAAGUCAUAAAAUAAAAAAACAAGUAAUUAAGCGAGCGUAAA